AUGAGCAACUAUGGCACGGAUGCCAAACAGGGGAGGGCGGAUGUCUCUGUGAUAUCGGCCUCCCCGAUCAGCCCGAGCUCGCUGGACGGAAAGGAAGCCGAAUCCGAUCGGAAACAGCUCAGCUCUGCCGACAUCAAGGCGGUUAACGAUGAAAUCGAGGUCGAAAUCGACCCGAAAGAAGAGAGAGCGUUUGUGUGGCGACUCGACCUGUUUUUCUUGACCGUCGGCUUUCUCGGCUACACGUUCAAGUAUCUCGACCAGACCAACAUCAGCAACGCGUACGUGUCCGGGAUGAAAGAAGACCUUCGACUGAACGGCAACGAACUGAACUACUUCACCACCUACUUCAACAUCGGGUACAUGGUGAUGCUGUACCCGUCGUGCAUCACUGUGUCCUACUUCGGCCCGUCAGUGUGGCUGCCUUCGUGCGAGGUGAUCUGGGGCGUCUUGACCUGCUGCCUGUCGACCGUGACCCAUGCCAGGCAGGUGUACGGGCUGCGCUUCCUGAUCGGGUUUUUCGAAGCCUCGGCCUGGCCGUCAUACUAUACGCUGAUCAGCCAGUGGUACCUGCCGCACGAGAUCGCGCUCCGCAUGUCUAUAUAUAACAUAGCGCAACCUGUCGGGGCCAUGAUGUCGGGCGCGAUGCAGGGCGCGCUGGCCACCAACUUCGACGGCAAACUGGGCCGAGCCGGCUGGCGAUGGGCGUUCAUCAUCAAUGGCGCCUGUACCAUCUUCGUCGCUCUGUUGGGCUACGCCAUUCUCCCCGGCUACCCGGAGCGGCCGAACCCGUUGUCCAGGUUCUACCUUAAGCCUCGCCAUCUGCAGAUCGCCGCGGCACGAGGCCGCCGCGUGGGCCAGAAGCCACAGAUCGGGAUCACGCCGCUCCGGUUCCUGCGCGCCCUGACCUUCUGGCAGCUGUGGGUGUUUGCCGUCGCCUGGGCGUUUGGCGGAAACACCACGCCGAGCAACUACUUCAACCUGUGGCUCAAGUCGCUCACGAACCCGGACGGCUCCAAGAAAUACAGCGUCGGCAUGAUCAACUACCUGCCCAUCAUCGGUCAGGCCAUCCAGCUGGUGGCCGAGAUCCUGUUCAGCGGCUUCAGCGACUACACGGGCCGCCGCCUCCCCUUCCUGCUGCUGCACUCGGUCAUCAACAUCACCUCGCUGGUCAUCUUGGUCAUCCGGCCCAGCAGUGAGAGCGCCUACAUGGCCGGCUGGUACCUCAACUAUGUCGGCGGCGUUUCCAUGAUGCUUCUCCUGGCCUGGGCCUCCACCCACCUCUACCACGAGCCCGAGGUGCGCACCAUCCUCUUCGCCACCGGCACUUUCUUCAGCUAUAUCCUCAGCGCCUUUGUUCCCAUCGCCGUCUAUCCGGCCAAGGAAGCCCCUCACUGGCACAUUGGCGCCAAGCUGUACCUUGCCUUCGCCGUCUUCUCUGCAGUCCUUUUCGUCGCCAUCUGGUUCAUUUUCAGAUGGGACACUAAGAGGAUCGAGAAGAAGGCCAUCAAAGCCCGUACCGUUGGGGAACCGGAUAAUGCCAGUGCCAAUUCCGCCAAUUCCACCCACUCCGUUCCAUGA